CCGGUUCGGGGGCCCGCUGUCACCCACUCGGAUCGCCCACCACUAACGUUCCCGGAUGCAGUGCAGCCCUCGCCUGCCCCUUCAGCCUUAACCCCCUGAGGACCUCAAAUCCCCGCUGUGCUUUUUUGGCGGUAUCACUGAAGGACCCAAGCGGCCACGUGCUGCGCCGCCACUGCGCGGGAUGUGCGAGGGUGGCUUCGCGAGAUCAACGCCAAGGGAGUGCGCGCCACCCGUGGAAACCGCCACGCGGGACGAGAUCCUUGAGUGCCUUGCAAAAGAAACACUUAAAGUUCCAAGAGAGCCUGGUCCUAUCAAGCACUGAAGCCGUAAGGAAUGCUGUUGUAAAAAGUCAGUAACACAAUGAGGUGUUGCCACAUCUGCAAACUCCCGGGGAAAGUUAUGGGGAUUCGUGUGCUUCGUUUCUCCCUGGUGGUCAUCCUGGUGUUACUGCUUGUGGCUGGAGCUUUGACCAACUUACUGCCCAACAUCAAAGAAGACAAAAUGCUCACCCUGCGCAGGGAAAUCAAAUCCCAGAGCAAGCCCUCCCUGGAUUCGUUCACUCUCAUCAUGCAGACGUACAACAGAACAGACCUCCUACUGAGACUCUUAAAUCACUACCAGGCAGUACCGAAUCUGCACAAAGUGAUCGUGGUAUGGAACAACGUCGGGGAGAAGGGACCAGGGGAGUUAUGGAACUCUCUGGGGCCUCACCCCGUCCCUGUCAUCUUCAAACCCCAAACAGCAAACAAAAUGAGAAACCGACUCCAGGUCUUCCCAGAAGUGGAAACGAAUGCCAUAUUAAUGGUAGAUGAUGACACACUCAUUAGCGCCCAGGACCUUGUUUUUGCCUUCUCAAUUUGGCAGCAAUUUCCUGAUCAGAUUGUGGGAUUUGUACCUAGAAAACACGUCUCUACUUCAUCCGGUAUCUACAGUUACGGAGGUUUUGAGCUGCAGACACCUGGGCCCGGAAAUGGUGACCAGUACUCCAUGGUGCUCAUUGGAGCCUCUUUCUUCAACAGAAAAUACCUCGAGCUCUUUCAGAACCAGCCUGCAGCAGUCCAUGCGUUGAUUGACGAGACUCAGAACUGUGAUGAUAUUGCUAUGAAUUUCAUCAUCACCAAGCACACUGGGAAGGCUUCAGGGAUAUUUGUGAAACCCAUAAACAUGGUUAAUUUGGAGAAAGAAACCAACGGCUAUUCUGGAAUGUGGCAUCGGGCAGAGCACUUUCUGCAACGAUCGUACUGUAUAAAUAAGCUUGUUAGUAUAUACAAUGGCAUGCCCUUAAAAUACUCCAACAUUAUGAUUUCCCAGUUUGGUUUCCCAUAUGCCAACCAUAAAAGUAAAAUGUGAACAGAAAACAAAAACAAACCCAAAACAUUGCUAGGUUUUUGAGUGGCUUCUCCAUGCUGUGUAUUAUUGUUUUGUAAGCAACACCAUGAACUCUUAUCUAGUCCACAAGUCUCUAUAAUAGAAAAAAAAUACACAUAUGCAGUACUUCUAGUAUAUGAAACACAGAAGCCAAGAAGCCGAUCUCACCUAGAUAGGCUUUUUUGUGAAGAGCUUUUGUUCAAGGUUGUAAGUCCUUGGUCACGAUACUAUUGUUUACAUCUCGAGACUGCUCUCCAAUUUGUUUGAGCCCUGGCAUUUGCCUUAAGGACCUACAGCAAGCUGCUUCUAGGACCAGAGACUCAAAUGAAACAUUUUUCAGCUUUUCAGUGAAGGUUGACUAUUUUUUAUCUGAAGCCUGAAAUGCUUCUUCAGCUAGUUAAUGCCUGCAGUAUAGGGAAAAGCCAUGUCAGGAGAGUUUAGUCUGAACCCUGGGUGGAAAACCAGGAAAUGCCUGGUUGCCGGCAUCCUUUCUGGCCAUUCUAACCAGAACUGACUAUGCCCAGCUUGGUUUUGAUAAAGCUCUCAGUGAUGGUAUUUUUGCUGUUAAGCCUGUUGUGACUGGGAGUGUACGUUUUCAUGGCUGAC